GCCUCCAGCUUGCCACGGGGUAAGGUAUGAUGUCGACAUAGUUGUGUCCGCCAUUGUGUAUUGGCAGCUCAUUCCUGCGAAUCUUAGUCGGAUUCAUUUCAAAACCAUGGUUGCUAUGGGAAAGAUGAUUUUCCUGUGACUGAGGGUUAAAUAGAGAUCGAUUAGUCGAUACAUUUGUACUGUAGGGAAGUGUAAUAUCAAUAAUUCUAGACAGUGCAUAUCCACUCUGAAUAAGGACGCGGUGAUAAAAAUCCACCUCGGAAUUUUCUGUUUUUGGGAUUGUAUUUCAUUUCAAGGAUGCCACGAUCUAUGGUCAUGGCUGAGGCUGGAAAACCAGAUAGCUCAACAAAUGUAAAAGAAGAGAAGAUGGAGGUUGCCGGAAGUGACGACACCAUGGCACGGGAUGCGCUAUUAAUCCAGCAUUAUCUUGACUCAAGUAAAAAGUCAAAAGGCCAAAACAAGCUGCCUCCAACCAAAUAUCCCGAUCCAGCAGACGAAGGCGAUGAAGACGAAAUCACAAGGAAGUGUCACGCUUACCAAGCCCAGCAAAACCAGGGUAGCAAAUAAGAGAUCCCUGUGAAGAUCUUACAUCAUAGACAUUUAUAAUUAUACCAGACUGCCUUACUCAUCUAACCUUAGACGAAACCAUUUAACUGUACUAUUUUAACUAUUUCUUUUGUUAAUAAAUGUUCAAUUUUUAUAUUUGA